AUGUCGCCUCAGAUGGGCACGAACCGGACCCCAGCACCACGCCUCACCUAUUACGUGGACAAGAAGCUCUUUCUCCCGCGCGAUGAGCCAGCAAGCAUUGCUGGGACAGCUGAUGCUAAAGCGGUGCUGUUUCGCGACCGAUAUCACCUCAUCCGACAGCGUCUGCUGCGUCACCCGGUCUUCGCCGAGGGGCUCAUCGAUGAUCAAGGAAAUCUCGUCAAGCAAACCCUAACACCAAUCAACGCACUCAUUGCCAAAUCAGGCAUGCUCACGGGCCAGCAGCGACAAAUUGCGGUUGUGCUCGGCCUCCUGACGCAGAUUGACAAUGGCAAGCUGGCUCUUGAAGAUUUGGACGGUGUCAUCAACUUGCACCUUCCUACUCCAGAUGAGCUUCGGGCUUUCUACACGCAAACGAUGGGCUACAGCGAGGCCGAUAUUACUCCCGAGGUCCUCAACAUUUUUCACGAAGGCCUCUACACUGACAACUGUAUUGUCGUCGUUCGAGGCUAUUUUGAGGAUGGCCGCUUUGUGGCGCUUACCAUUGGCAUGCCCCCCGCGGAAGCUCGAGCGGACACCCUGGCUGCUUUCCCCGGCCUCAACUUUUUUGGUGGCAGCUACAAUCACCGCGAUCGCGCGAGCCUGCUGCGGUCAGAGCGCGAGAAUGAAGCCAUGGUGUGCUUUCUCUCUGAUUUCUACCUCGACGAUCCAGACGUUUUGCGCAAUUUCGACCACAUGCUGGCAGGCUUUUCUGCCAUCCAGUCCUAUCCCACGGCCUUUGUGCUCAUGGGCAACUUCUGCAGCGAGCCGCAGCGCAGCGAUGUGCACGCGGUCAUCCAAGUCCCGGGGCCACAAGACCCUGGAGCCGGCAACGUUCUGCCAAGACCUCCCUUGCCAUCGGCCCUCGUACGCCGUUUCAUGACCUUUGUUAAACGAGUGCACAACGCGACCAAUCCUUGCCGGAUACGCUACGGUACACAGGGCAUUGUGGUUUUUCGCGACAACAUUGUCAACAAAAUGCGGCGCAAUGUGAUGGUCAAGCCUUUUGACAACAACUCGGAUGACGAGGACAUGUUGCCGCAAAUGCUGGCCAAAACUUUGGUAGAUCAGGCACACUUGUGCCCCCUCCCGCUUCACGUGCGACCCAUUCUGUGGCAGUAUGAUCAGAGUUUGAGCUUGUAUCCAGUGCCAGAGUUGGUGGUUUUAGGGGACGACGGCGCGGGCUACGAAACCUUGUAUCACGGCUGCCGCGUUGUGAAUCCCAGUAGUUUUGCCAAAACUCGUUGCUUUGUCACCUAUCAUCCCGACCGCCUCCAUCGCGACGACCCUGAUGACCAAGAUGAGCCAUGCGUUGAGUUUUCGGAUUUAGGUGUCAUGGGUAACUAG